UUUGCACAGUUUGUGCAUAUUGCUACCAACCACAUAUGUCGUUACGUUGAGUUAUAAUAUAAUGAUACUAAACAAUCUUCAUGACUCUGAUUCCUCGCAUUCACUUGUCGUGAAAGUUUCAAUACGAAUUAACAAGUCAACCUUUGCUGUUCCGAGGCCGGAAACAAACUAUACUGGCUGUUUAUUAAUAAUUAAUCUGGUAACAGGUUUCAAAUCAUUUAAAAUAUUCCUUUGCAAUGUUGUUGUAUUCUUACCUGCCUUCGUGUAUGCCUCGUUAUUGCGGAGGAACUGAUUAUUGGCAUUUCCUGAGAUGGAACCGAACGAUCCAAAUCAAUUUAGAUAUGUCGAAGAAGCGGAGGAUGAAAUUAAAAUGACUAUGAAAGAUAUAAUAAAACGCCAUGAGAUAAGCUUGGAAGAAAAAAAUAAAGAACAAGAAGGGGAAGCCUUGAGUUACAUCGGUCUUUCGUAUCACAAGCUUGGCAAAUACGAGAAAGCCUUAGACCAUCAUCAGCAACAUCUUGAGCUCUCUGAGGCAACUGAAAACUCCAUGGGAAAACGGCGGGCUAAUUGUAAUAUUGCUUGCGUAUAUAAGGCCACGGGGGACCUGCCAAUGGCACUUUACUACUUCGAGAAAGCAUAUGGGAUAAGUAAAGAACGUGGAGACAGAAAAGCACAAGCAAGGAUAUGUAAUAACAUGGCUAAUAUUUACGAAAUGCUCAUGGACACAGACAAAGCUAUAGAACUGCAUAAAGAACGCUAUGACGUAGCAAAGGAUUUAGAAGAUCUACAUGGGCAAGGAAAAGCGUGUGUCAGUCUUGGAGCAAUGUACUUAAUCAAAGAAGAUCUUGAUCAAAGCCUUUUCUAUUAUGGGGAAUUGCUAAAUAUUCUCAGAUCGAAACUACGUAUUCAAGAUACUUUGCCUGAUGACCUGUCGGAUGAAGACGAUGAUGGUUUUAUCGACCUUGAAAAUCUUGCCACAAACUUUGACGAUGAAGAAGGGGAGGAAGAAGACGGGGAGAAAGGAAAAAAAGGGAAAGGAAAAGGACUUCCUAAAUCACCUUUUAAGAAAAAGAAAAAUAAGGAUAAAGAUAAAAAGGAGAAAGAGAAGGGGAAGAAAUAAUUGCUGAGAAAAUGUUAGAAAAAUGCAUAGUGCGAAAGAAAAGAACUUCUUAAAUCAUUUUUUACUGUCGUUACAAUGAAAAUGAUCAUAAAAUAUUGCAUCAAUUCAUUAAGGCAUAAAAUUAAUCAGUUCCUGUGGACGCUAGAGCGACAACGAUGGUCCACGAUGAACGAUAUUAUACCAAAUACCAAUCGCGUCAGCUGAGCAGUUUUAAAACCGGAAAUCUCAAAGUUCCAACGAGACCUUUAUUCUUCGAAACCUUCCAACGAGACAACAACAAUUAUAAACACGCAUAUCCAUAUUGUAACACUACUUUAUAAAUUAAUAUGGUAUGAAGAUAGUAUUUCUAAAAAUAGUGCAUAUUAAAUGUUUUUAUAAAAAAAAGGUUGAAGACUGGGAUAUAUAACCGGAGAAACGCGUUUGCGGUUUUUAACUUCACUUCGUGUUUCAAAGGCAUUUCAAAAUGAACUUUAAUUUGUGUUUGAACUACUUUGGACACUCUGAAUACCAGUGAUAGUUUGUCGAGAUAUUUGUCCAAGAAAUCUAAUAAUGACUACACUACACAAAUAGAAGCAUACAACUG